AUGGAUAACGUGGUCUACGGGUUCGGGAAUAAUUAUUGGGGACAAUUGGGUCCCGUUUUUGGAUCAUUCAGAAUCGCCACACCAUUUAACCAAAAGAUUGAUUUACCCAAACCGGGAAUUAUAUCAUACCUUAACGAUACACCUGUUGCGCAAAUUACAUGCGGUUAUAACCAUGUGUUGGCCCUCACCAGCAAUGGCCGGGUGUACGCCUGGGGGCCCAAUAGGUACGGCCAAAUCGGUUGCGGUUAUACUUUAACAUGGAGGUUUUCGCUGACUAAACACGAGCUCAAUUUUAAUAUUUAUAAUAUACAAUCUGUUUAUUGUUAUUAUCGCUCCUCAUUUGCCAUCACAACCGAUGGACUGGUGUUCAGUUGGGAUGACAAUAGUGGCCAUCAUUUGGGACACAAUAUAAGUGAUGAUAAAGUAUUUGAUCCGCGAUUGAUAACAACCAUAACUGGUGUGAAAGCAAUCACUGGUAGUAUUUAUGGCACUGGCAACAAAAAUGAUAUAAACCUCGAUGAAUCUGAUAAUAACACAAAUGAUAAGUCCAGUGAUAGUAAUUAUAAGCAACAAUUCAUAGAGAUCUCAACCAUAGGUUCGGGUGGUUUUGGGACAGAGUUUAAAGUAAAGCAUAGAUUGGAUGAUAAGAUAUAUGCCGUCAAAAAAGUACAAUUUUGUGGUUUUAAUGAAGACAAAAAACAAAGAAUUUUGAAAGAAGUAAAAAGUUUAGCAAAACUGGACUCAGAUUUUGUGGUCAAAUAUUACAACUCAUGGCUUGAGUGCAAUCAUCUAUACAUUCAAAUGGAGUAUUGCUCUCAAAGUCUUCGUUCACUUCUCGCAGACAAAGCCAUUGUUUUUGAGAGACAACCGGAAGACCACAUGAAUAGUGUGUUUGAAUAUUUUAUUUCGUGCGAAAUAUUCAAAGAGCUCUUACAAUGUGUGCAAUAUUUGCAUGAAUUGAUUCCGCGAGUCAUCCAUCGGGACCUCAAACCGGAAAACAUAUUAAUUGAACGCAACCUUAAGUCCAAUCGUUGCGUAAAACUGUGUGACUUUGGUUUGGCCACCGAUCACGACGUCGACAGACAAACUGCGAGCCGAUACGAUCAUACGUUAGGUGUGGGCACUUUGAGAUACAUAUCGCCCGAAGUGUUUUAUCGUAAGCAAUAUAACCACAAAAUAGAUAUUUUUAGUCUCGCACUAAUCGCCGAAAAGAUCUAUAGUAUUGAUCCACAAAAUUCGCAAUCGUUUCAAGCAAUUAAAUCCGAGUUUAAUAAAUGUUAUGAUAAUUUAUACCAGACUUUGCAGUCAAUGCAGUCGAGUCCUGACUAUAAUCAAAGGCCUGAGUGUCGGGAAGUGUUGGCCAAACAUAACGAGUGGUCUAUCGAUAAGACUGUUGUCACAACUCAUAAGGAAUUCAAUUCAACUAUUCCCACUCUUCCAGCAAGUGUCCAGUUUAUUGUCCGAUACUUGUACAUGAAACAUUAA